UGUUACAUUAUCUGAAGCGUAGUAUAGGUGGGCUGUUGAAUUAUAUCCAUAAAGAUCAGGAUAGAAGCAACUGAGUGCUGACUUCAAGCCUUAGAGCACUGGUUUUCGGUCUUUGAACAGAGACUCAGAGAUCUUAACAUCCGUCCAAAUAUGUCAUUGAGAAGACGAUUGCCUGUGCUGCUGAUCCCCACCAAUGAUUGCAGUAAAAACACCCGCAACAUCUACAGUCUUCCUGAUGCACAGGUGUAUGAAAUGAAGUUACCAGUGCCAUUUAAAAGCAGGUGUAUUGGUUCUUCUCACGGAUGGCUUAUAUUUAUCGAUAGGGUGUCAUUCGUGAUAACUUUAUACAACCCAUUUUACUUCGGGAACAGUAAGGGAAUUAUCCAUCUCCCACCAUUCCCGCCAGCAGAAUACACCAUUGAGAUGACAAAAAAGUCAUAUGUAUGUGAGUUUCACGCCGACUAUUACAUCUGUAAGGCUGUUCUAUCUGCAAACCCUUCAUCCAGUAAUACUUAUUUCGUGACGUUGAUCCAUGGAGAAACAAGGGCCAUAGCAUACUACAAGUCUGGGGAUGUUUCUUGGACUUACAUGUAUGGUGUUGUCAAUCAAUCUUCAUUCUUCGACGUAAUAUCUCAUGAAAACUAUUUCUUAGCAGCCAAUUUAUGGGGUGAGGUUUACAUCUGUGAAGUGAACUCAAACAACCCGAAAAUCACCUGUCUGACUGACCCUGUUGUCAGUCCUAUUGGGGAACUAGCACGAAGAUACCUAGUGGAUACAGGUGACGGAAAAACCAUUCUGCAAGUCGUAAGGCUGUUAACAUGCUCUAUAAGUGAUGAUGGUCAUCCCUUCACAGUCACGGCAGAUUUCAAAAUUUACAAGUUGGAGCCCAUGGAUGGUGCGUUGGAAUGGUUACCGGUGAGGAGCAUUUUCGAUGGGGCAUUGUUCUUAGGAGACAAUGAGUCGACUUUUGUCAAAGCUACUGAUUUCCCAGGAAUUAUUAGCAAUUCUAUUUACUUUACUGAUGAUUACCCUUCAUGUAUGAGCAUGUUUCAUAAACCUUACCAGUUUAAUGUCCCUGCAGACAGUGGUAUCUUCCUGAUUGAGGAUGAAGAAUUACAUGAUCAUCACAUUGAUCGCUCGAAACAUAAGAAUCUCCCUCCCCCAGUUUGGAUUCUCCCCACUAUUUAGUGAGGAUUUAUAUGUUGUUUUAUGAUUAGAGAAGAAUAAAAUGGUUGUGUUUGGUUAUGUAUGAUUGAACUUUUG